GGUUACACUCUUGCUGACGGGUGAUGGGAGGGAAGAGUAUGUAGGCAUGGAUGUAUGAUAAGUAUAUCAUAUGUUUUAUUUCUUCUAUCCACUUUUUCUUUUGUUUUCCUUGAGAAUUCUUCGUUAUUGAUUUUUGUGGUUUAUCUUUUUGUGGUGAUUUUGAAGUUUUCAGUUUUUUUUACGUCGCAAAAGCAAUUUGUCGCUCUUUACUAAGUUGUGGUAUUCAUUCGUUAUUUUUUCUUCGUACACUCUUUUUGUGGAAAGCUUUUUUAUCUUUUGAAGUUCUGAGAGAUAUUAAAGAUUUAAAUAUAUUUACUUGGACGUGUUUUUUUGCCUCUUAUUUCAUUCUGCAUAAAGAGGUCUUGAGGGUCAGAUUCAAUUAUUUCAAGAUGCGUCUUACAAUGGGAGAAGCAGCAGCAUUAUUGCUGAUUGCUUUACCGAAUUUGAUCUCAGCACUCCCGGUCAACACGGGGGCUAAUCUAGAACAACUGGUUCCGCUCACUUCAGUAGGUAAGAGAGCAGCAGAGUUGGAGAUAUUGGUUCCGGUCACGCAGUUCAAGCGAGACGCGGAGUCUCUUACUUCGUGGACGUUAGAUCAGGAGAAGAGAUCUAAUGGAGAGGUGGAAGUGUUGGUGCCAGUUGUGGGGAGGGAUUUGGAGAAGCUUGUUCCUGUUAUAUCUGGCCAUUCAAAGAGAGAAUUGGAGAAACUAGUUCCGGUCACUCCUAGAAAUGUUGGGGAAUUGGAGGAAAGAAAAACCAUUCCUCCCAUGGAUCAAUUAGAUCCUGGAUCGAUGGCUCCGGAUGCUAUUACAACUGUAGAGAAGAGAAAGACGAUUCCUCCUGCUGAUCAACUAGACCCUGGAUCUGUCUCUCCAGACUCUAUCAAAAACAACGAAAAAAGACAAGAGUACGCUCACACAGCAACUGUCAUAGCAACAGUUUUAGAAACCGUCACUGGUGGUGUCGGUAUUCCAGGAUAUCCCGCCACAGCGAUUAGUGAGAUUACAAGUGUACAUGUUUCAACCGUCACUCAUCUUCCUUCUACCGUUACCGCCGUCGUAACAGCAGGUGCAUCAUCCAGCAUCGAUACGACCUGUACAGAAAGUACCACCUCUACUGGUAUAGGAAGCGUCGUUACCACUACUCCUCUAUCCUCAAGCACAAAAGCUGCUAUCGCAACCACAACCCCUACAGGCGUCAAAACAAGAGUAACAAGCGUGCCAAUUAUCUCCAAUGGAGGUACUAGCACAAAUGAAAGUUCCAAAGCAAGUGGAACAAUCGCCUCUAAAGUCGCCCCAUCUGGUUCCGGAAAAGCAACAUCGGAAACUGGAGCAUUUGGAACGGCCAAAAAUGGCACCCAUCCUGUUGCAACUGGAAGUUUCCGUCUUUCGGGCACAGGCGAUGUUAGUUCAAAGACGAGCAUUACUUCUACGAAACCAUCGGCUUCAGGCUCGCUUACGACGAUUGUGGAUUCGAGCACGACAAGAAUCUAUACUACCGUCAACGCAAGUGGGAGUGGGAGCGGAUCUUCCUCCAAAGCUACUGCCAGUGCUAAGUCGAGUAUUAAAGCAACUAAUGGAGGCACCAGUACCUCAGUCGUUGCAGCAGGACCCACUGAGGUUAAAUCUUCAAGCAGCAGUGGUGUGAAACUUAUCUCUACAUCUACAUCCACAUCCGCUAUUAGAUCUUCCACACACCCUGCUUCGGUGACUUCUUCGAGUAAAGGCGCAAGUGUGACGUCGAGCGCUCAUACUUCGAUUGCAACGAGUGCGAAAGCUACACCUUCGAGUGUGAAAGCGUCGAGCACACUUGCAACUUCAGUCAAGCCUUCGAGUACCAAGGCGGCGGCGCCGGCGAUGACGAGUAAGAUUGUUUACUCGGGGGUGCAGAAGGUAGAGCCUUUCAAGGUUUGAGUGGGGUGAGGAUACAAAAUGAUGGUAGGAGGUUGCCGGAGAAAAAGAAAGAGGGGGGGAGACGUGAGAUGAGUUUGGAUCGGGAGUCAGCAAGUGGGUGUUUUAGCUGUUUAAAUUCUUCAUGUUCGUUUUUUAUACCUAUGUAUUGAUAUCCCCAAAUGAGGUUUAUCUAACCCAUCUUUACUACUAUUUUGAAGUCUUGAUAUUCUUUGUGCG